AUGACUGUAUCUGACCACUCUACUCAGCUCACUGUGAAUAUGUGGAAUUGCAGAAAUGAAUCUGACUUCAUCCUUAUAGGACUGACAGAUUCCACGGAGGUCCAGCUGGCCCUCUCUGUUCUUUUUCUCCUGAUAUACCUGGUUACUGUGCUCGGGAACACAGGGAUGAUUCUCAUCAUUCAUCUAGAUGUCCAGCUUCAUACCCCGAUGUAUUUCUUUCUCACCCACCUGUCAUUCCUUGACCUCAGUUACUCAACUGUCAUCACACCUAAAACCUUAGAGAAUCUGCUGACAUCCAAGAAGAACAUCUCCUUCAGUGGCUGCUUCACACAGAUGUACUUUUUUGUUCUCUUGGCAGCUACUGAAUGUUUCCUUCUCUCUUCAAUGGCCUAUGACCGCUACAUAGCUAUCUGCAACCCUCUACACUAUUCAGUUAUUAUGUCCACACAAUUCUGCAGUUUUCUCCUUACUGGAUCCUACAUUUUUGGAGCUAUGGAUUCCUCGGUCAAUAUAUUAUGCAUGAGCACACUGAAUUUUUGUAACUCCACUGUAAUCCAUGAAUUUUUCUGUGACACAUCCCCAGUGAUAGCCUUGUCCUGCAGUGAUACACACGACAUUGAAUUCAUUAUAUUCAUGUUUGCUGGUUCCACCUUACUGCUAUCCCUUACAACAAUAUCUGUGUCCUAUGCAUCCAUUCUCUCUACCAUUUUGAAAAUCAAGUCCACUUCGGGAAAGCGAAAAGCCUUCUCCACUUGUGCCUCUCAUCUCCUGGGAGUCACUGUCUUUUAUGGCACCGUGAUCUUUACUCAUUUAAAACCAAACAAGUCCUUCUCCUUGGGAAAGGAUCAAGUGGCUUCUGUGUUCUACACCAUUGUGAUCCCCAUGCUGAACCCACUAAUUUAUAGUCUCAGAAAUAAAGAAGUGAAAAGAGCUCUCAGUAGAGUGAUGCAGAAGACAGAGAGCUCCAAGCACUGGGGCAAACAGUGGUGCUGA